AGUUCUUAAAAUCUGCUCUGUAUAUACAGCAACAGAAGUUUAUUUAGCAGCAGCCUAUAAUAGUGUUUCAUUUUGUGUUUAUAAUAUAGGUCCAUCUGUAAAGCGAGUACGAGGUCCAACUAGGGGUAAGAACAGUAGUAGACUCAUGAGCCAACAUGGUGGGAAGAAGCUUUUUGUUGGAGUUUCUAUUGAGAGGAGGACAUUUGUGGGGCUUAAUGCCACCAAGGCCGCUAACGAAUUGGGGGCACAAAUUCGAUUGCAAGCCCCAUUGCAAGGAACAAAAAAUUGGGAGGACGUUCCACCAGUCAUUCGAGCAGCUAUUGUACAAUCCUUGCGGGAUAAGUUUGAGAUUGAAGGAUAUGAUGAGAGUCCACUUCCACAAGAAAUCAUUGACACAAAGGCCACACAUUUGUUCAAAGGCUGGCGUUAUCAUAUGCAUGAACAUUACAAAGAGUUGGUGAAAGAAGGUACAGAUCCUUAUAGUAAACCAUUUGUUGGGGUGAGGGAAGAAGAUUGGCGAUACAUGAUUGAUGAAGUGUUUCUUGGUGACACACACAAGAAACGGUCAACAAGAAAUAUAGCCAACAGGAAAAAGUUACCCUAUAAUCACACCAUGGGUUCAAGGUCAUUUUCAGCAGCAAUCUCAAUUGAGGGAAUUGAAACUGGAAAGGAGCCUCACAUUGUAGAUUUUUUCAAGACCUCACAUUGGAGUAAGAAAAAAAAAGAUUGGAUUGAACCAGUUUGUGCGGAGUUAUAUGUAAGUAUACCUUCAUUAUAUUUGUUAUUCAUAGUCCUAUAUAAUGCUUAACUAGUUAGUGUACUUGUAAAAUAGGAUAACUGUUGAUCCUUUUUUUUUUUUUCUUUUCUUUUCUUUUUUUUUUUUAAGCAAAGAAUACAAAAUCAUGUUCACUGUUAUCUCACAUGUGCAGAGAGUUACAUAUAUACACACAUGAAACUACUUAUUUGAUUUCCAACUAAGAAAAAAAGAUCCAAUUCAAUUCAUUUUAAAUCUGUUUCUGUUU